AUGUCGGUGGCGUUCGCGGCCCCGAGGCAACGGGGGAAGGGCGAGAUCACGCCGGCCGCCAUCCAGAAGAUGUUGGAUGAAAAUAACCAUCUCAUUCAGUGUAUAAUGGACUAUCAGAACAAAGGAAAGACGUCUGAAUGCUCUCAAUACCAGCAGAUGCUGCACACAAACUUGGUUUACCUAGCCACGAUAGCUGACUCCAACCAGAAUGUGCAGUCUCUACUACCAGCACCACCCACACAGAAUAUGCCGAUGGGUCCAGGAGGGAUGAGUCAGAGCGGCCCUCCCCCGCCGCCACGCUCCCACAACAUGUCUUCAGACGCUAUGGUAGGUGGGGGCCCUCCUGCACCACACAUGCAGAACCAGAUGAACGGCCAGAUGCCUGGACCUAACCAUAUGCCUAUGCAAGGGCCUGGACCCAACCAACUCAAUAUGACAAACAGUUCCAUGAACAUGCCUUCAAGUAGCCAUGGGUCCAUGGGCGGCUAUAACCACUCAGUGCCAUCCUCACAGAGUAUGCCAGUGCAGAAUCAGAUGACUAUGAGCCAGGGACAGCCCAUGGGCAACUAUGGUCCCAGACCAAACAUGAACAUGCAACCAAACCAAGGUCCAAUGAUGCACCAGCAGCCUCCGUCCCAGCAGUACAACAUGCCACAAGCAGGUGGCCAACAUUACCAGGGGCAGCAGCCACCUAUGGGAAUGAUGGGCCAAGUGAACCAGGGAAAUCACAUGAUGGGCCAGAGGCAGAUUCCUCCCUACAGGCCACCACAGCAAGGCCCACCACAGCAGUACUCAGGCCAGGAAGACUAUUAUGGGGACCAAUACAGUCAUGGUGGACAAGGUCCUCCAGAAGGCAUGAACCAGCAAUAUUACCCUGAUGGUCAUAAUGAUUACGGUUAUCAGCAACCGUCGUAUCCUGAACAAGGCUACGAUAGGCCUUAUGAGGAUUCCUCCCAACAUUACUACGAAGGAGGAAACUCGCAAUAUGGUCAGCAGCAAGAUGCAUAUCAAGGACCACCCCAACAGCAGGGUUAUCCACCCCAACAGCAGCAAUAUCCAGGCCAACAAGGCUAUCCAGGACAACAGCAGGGUUAUGGUCCCUCCCAGAGUGGUCCAGGACCUCAGUAUCCCAAUUACCCACAAGGACAAGGCCAGCAGUAUGGGGGAUACAGACCCACACAGCCUGGCCCACCACAGCCACCACAGCAGAGGCCUUAUGGAUAUGACCAGGGUCAAUAUGGAAAUUAUCAGCAGUGAAGAAGCACUCACAUUCCAGUAGGCAGUAUCAAGUAGCAGCCAUAUUGUCUCCUCAAGCACUGUGGACAUCU